AUGAUAUGUGAUUAUAAUUCGUUAACAUUUUUCAUAGCCGUUCGUAGUGAAAUAAUUGAAGUUGAUGUCGGUACUCCAGUUGUCGUCACGACAUGGAAAUUUAUGGAAGCUGCAAAAGAAGCUUGGGACGUGUUAGACAAUGGAGGAUCGGCUCUCGAUGCAGUCGAAGCCGGAUGUUCCUCUUGCGAGUACCUCCAAUGCGAUUUUACUGUCGGAUACGGAGGAAGUCCUGAUGAAAAUGGGGAAACCACACUCGAUUCAAUGAUCAUGGACGGAGACACGAUGAACGUUGGAGCCGUUGCCGGUUUAAAAAGAGUAAAAAAUGCCAUAGGAGUAGCCAAAAAAGUACUCGAAACUACCAAGCACAGUUUGCUGGUAGGCGAAGCUGCCACGAAUUUCGCCGUGAACAUGAAUUUUCCAGAAGAAAAUUUACAAACUGAAUAUUCAAAACAAUUACACGAAGAUUGGUUAAAAAAUAAUUGUCAACCAAAUUACAGGCUUAAUGUUUCACCGGAUCCGACAAAAAGUUGUGGACCCUACACGCCUCGCAUGUCGGUAUCUUCGGUGAACAGAUAUAAUGCAACAAUAGAUGGCCACGAUACGAUUGGAGUGAUAGCCGUAGAUUCGAGACUCAAAGUCGCAUCUGGUACUUCUACAAACGGUGCUAAAUUUAAAGUACCUGGUCGAGUUGGCGACAGCCCAAUUCCAGGUUCCGGAUCGUAUGCCGAUUCCGAAAUCGGAGCAGCGGCAGCCACUGGAGAUGGUGACAUAAUGAUGAGAUUUCUUCCAUCAUUUUACGUCGUAGAAGAAAUGAAAAAAGGAGUACUUCCUGAAGAUGCUGCACAAAAAGCAAUCGACAGAAUCGCUAAAAAAUAUCCAAAAUUUUUCGGAGCCGUCAUUGCCGUAAGAAAAGAUGGCGCCUUUGGAGCUGCUUGCCACGGUAUGGAAUCAUUUCCUUUCGUCGUAGGUACCCCUAAAUCAAAGCAAGUUGUAUUGUAUCAUAAAAAAUGUUAA